UCUCCGUUGCAGGCGCUGUUGUCCGCACUAGCGGUUAGCACGCUUAGUUCGCCUCGGCCCGACGAAAGUGCUUACAAAAUUCCGCAUGUGGGCACUGGACGACGUUCCCAGUACUAUGUUCAACACGCGGAUGGAACCUUCAAGUACGGCUAUGACACAGGUGAGGGAGCCUUCGAGGGUGCUCGUUCAUCCAGGGUUGGUCAGGUAGAUGGAAACUUCGGCUACAGGGACCCUGAAGGCAACAAUAUUCACCUCCAGUAUGUAGCUGAUGAGGGUGGAUUCCAGCCCAAGGGUGCCCAUCUCCCUGUCCCGCAUCCUGACUUUGCUCUUGCCCACGCUGAGGCUCGUGCUCGCCCUUCAUUCACCGACCCCCUUGCUGAUCCAAACGCCGAUGCCUGAGGCUUCCAGUUCGCUGAGAACAGACACGUAGCGAACAAAGUGGAUUCAGACGGUAAUGUGCGUGGCUCUUACACUUACACUGACGAAGAAGGUCGCACACGAACCUACACUUACACAGCCGGUCGUGGCACUGGUUUUGUUGUCGAGGGUGACGAUCUACCGCAGGCACCAGAAGAUCCAGCGUCCACUCCAGCAGCGACCAGACUCUCCUCUUUUCCUGCAGCAUUCCCUUCUUCUAGUUUGCGACCUACUUCUCCAGCAUCCUCUGCCUCCUUCAGAGCAUCUACAGCUUCAGGGGCUCCAUCUCGUCCCUUCAGCACACAUUCAGGCACCCCAGCAGGGCCCGUGUCUUUCCAAAGAAGUACUGGAAGCUCAGAUCCUUCUUAUUCUUUUUCCUUCGACGCUGGUGAUCACUCACGUUCUGAGUCUGCUGACGCUAACCUCAAUGUUGAUGGAAAAUUUUCUUUCGUGGCUGACGACGGUGUCAGACGCAGUGUCACUUACGAAGCUGGAAGUGACACGGGAUUCCUGGCUCGAGGCGAUCACCUUCCACGAGCACCACAGUCACACUCCGGGUCUCAAACUACAUCCUCUGCAUUUUCACCAUCACAAACCCCUUACCGCAGUCCAUCAGCGUCCCUACCUUCUUCCGUCUCUAGCACCCCAACUUUCUCUCGCUCACCAUCUGCUCCACGUCUUCCCGGCUUCACAAGCUCACAAACUCAGUACAGCUCCCCGUCCUCACGUCCCUCAGCACGCCCAUACACAGGUCAGUUCGAACCUGCCAAUACUCGCAGCCAACAGUCACCUGACGGAAGUUAUUCAUUUGCUUACGAAACGUCCAGUCACUCACGAGCAGAAUCAGGUGACAGAGACAACAACGUGGUGGGAAACUUCGACUUUGUUGCUGAUGAUGGACAGCGACGAGCUAUUGAAUAUGAAGCUGGGUCCCGUACAGGAUUUAUUGCUAAGGGUGAUCACAUUCCUGUAGGACCCGCGGUUCCAGGAGCACCCUCCGGUCAACCAACAGGUAGAAUCGUCCCUGUUCAAGAGGUCCCCUUCGUCGACCCUCUCGCUGACUCCAACGCUGAUGCCUCCUAUAACUUCGCCUUUGACUCGGAGCAAUAUUCACGCUCAGAGAGCGCAGACGCCGACGGCAAUGUCCGUGGCACUUACACAGUGGUAGACGAUGACGGCACUCGACGCACUCACCGAUUCCGUGCAGGUGAGGGCAUCGGCUUUGAAACUGAGGAAGUGUCAACUUCACGUGGUCCUCCUCCAUCUCGCUCUCCAUCAUCUGCCACCUUCCGCAGCCCAGCGUGGCCCCCGGCAGGAAGUGGUGUGUGUGCUACCCUCAUUCCACUGUACAAACGUCCUCAAGGCAGUUUCCUGUCUCCACAUUUGAACGUUUCAAUGAUCCUUCCUUCAAGUGUACUGAAAUGA